GUAGACAAUGAACAGUUUGAAAAGAUAUUAGAACUAAUUGAAAGUGGUAAACAAGAAGGUGCUAAACUGGAAUGCGGAGGCAGUCGUCAAGGUGACAAGGGAUAUUUUAUAGAGAGUACUGUUUUCUCUGGUGUAACAGACGAGAUGAGGAUUGCAAAAGAAGAGAUAUUUGGUCCCGUUCAGCAAAUUCUGAAAUUUAAGACCAUUGAAGAAGUGAUUGAACGAGCCAACAAUACGUCAUAUGGACUUGCAGCUGGUGUAUUUACCAAUGACAUUGACAAAGCAUUGACCAUUUCAAAUGCACUGCAAGCAGGAUCAGUGUGGAUUAAUUGCUGGGGAGCCAUAAGACCAAAUGCUCCGUUUGGUGGUUUCAAGAUGUCAGGAAACGGACGAGAGUAUGGUGAAUAUGGUCUGAAUGCGUUUACAGAAAUAAAAACUGUAACCGUAAAAUUACCUAACAAGAAUAGCUAAUUACAGAAAUGUAAUGCAUCAGUAACCGUGGAUAAUAUGCAAGAAGAUGACACUGGGACUGAAAUGUAUUGAAAUAGAUUGAAUUAGAUGUGUAGCAGUGAUUUUUGGGCUCGUUUAGAUUUCUGAUUCAGGAUUAAAACAUAUUUUAUCAGCUAUUAUGCAAUGAACAAUGUCGAUCAAUGGGUCCUGUUUCUGGGAUUUUAGGUAUAAUUUUUGGUGGGAUUUAUGGUUUAAAAUUAGUAAAC